CCAGGGCUCGCCCGGUGUUGGGGCAAGCCGUCACCAUGGCCGACGCAGAGUCUGAAGAGUCGACGCAAUUGCACGAGGAGUUGUACAAUGACCCGGACAAGCUUUCGCAGCUGCUGGGGCAGCGAGUCGGUGCUUCCAGCUCAUUCCGUUUUACCUCCACCACAGAAGAGACUUUUGCCUCUGCUACUGCUGCUGUUCCUGCUCCCGCCCCGCACAACGUCGCCGCAUCAUCCCCACGGCAGGAACCCGUCCCCACUCCUCGACGCGCCGCAACAAACUCUGGCCAUGUCAAGCCGAGCCUGCCAAAACACAACUCUGCUCCCACGACAACCGGGGUGGUAGAAGAGCGGAUCGAGGCUGGCAAGAUGUAUCACAGCUUCACCGAAGGAAAUGUCGUGGGCGACACCCAGCCGGACAGCCAGAUUUACAAGAAUUGGACGAGCGGUUUGCAUGCUGCCAGCGUCCAUGACGAGGGCCAUGGCAUAUCUCUUCUCAACCGAGUGGGGGAAGAGGAGGGUGAUACCACCGAAGGCCCUCAGUUCAUCCAAUCGAGCCCAGAUGUACUCCAAAGCCCGACCUUCACCAGUCCCAUGGCCGUCAACGAUGAGAACAACCCGGAGACGCAGCCCCUCACCAACGGUGCCCUCACCAGCCCUCUCAAAUUUGAAACACCUGCCAUGGCUGGGCGGAAGAGGGACUGCCACGGGGAGAUGCUAAGCUCGGCAGCGAGAACAGCAACAACCCCCGGUACUGCGUUGACAGCUACGGCCUUCUUCCCUCCGAACAUGCUACCUACUACCAAUGGCAUGUCACUGACCCAGAUAUUCAACGCUACGCAGGCAGCUACUUCCCCCGUCCAAGGCAUCCUGCCCGACGAGCCAGUCUUCCAGCGACUUUCUCCCAACUUGGCCAAUGCUCGCAAGUCCAGUCCUCCGGAUGCCUUGUCCAGCCCGAUUCCAACCCCGAGAGUCGAACUGGCUGUACGAUCAUCCAGCGAACCCAAGGCAGAAUACAUCACAAUGAAGCAGUCACAGGAACGAAGAUUGCGAGAAGCAGAACAGCAGGAGAUGGCACCGGCAGAGCAGGAUAGCUGGGAAGAGCUGGAGAGACUGGAGAAGCAACGUGCUCGACGCAAGGCGAGGGAGAAGAUGGAACAGGAAGCUGCUAAGAGUUUAAGCAAAGUCACGGCGCCUACGCUUUCUUCGCCAGCCCAACGAAAGCGGGGUCGCAAAAUGCUGUUAUCGCCAAGAAAGAAGGAAGCUGCUUCUGUACGCCGAUCUGCAGCGAGGCUUUCGGCUUAUGAUGGACCCUUUGACGAUGAUGAGCUUGAUCAGCUGGCUCAAGCGGCUGCAGUAGACGGCAAGGACACAACUGCUGCCGAGUCUCCAGGCGAGUUGUCUCAGUCAGUUCCGUCGACUGGGCCUCCUGCUCCUGCAAAUGCAAGCAAGAAAAGGAGCAACAAUGUUCAAGUCCCACGGACCUCUUCCCACCCUCAGGGGACACUAUCCGGUCAUGCUCCUGAUGAGUCUCCAUUGGCAAGCGCUUCUGCACAAGUGCAGCAAGAACCGCAGAAUCGCACCUCCGCAUCACAGCGAUCGAGGCGUGUCUCGCAGCUUCGAGGAAGCGCAGGAUCGUUUACGGUUCUGAACUCGCAACCUGAAGACGCAGACUUCAGUAGCGUUCCCCGGCCGAAAACAACACUGCCGUCAUCGCCUUCUACGAACCAAUACAGUAUCAACCAGACAACGAUGGGUGGGAAGACGGGGUUUACUAGCCAGGUAAUCUCUUCCUCGAUGCCACCGAUGCCUCCGCAAUCCAGUUCUUCGUCAUCUGAUGAUGAGGGCCAGGGCAAAGAGGAACAUGAGGUGGAUGAUGAGGCUGUUGGGAGUAGUCCUCCGCCUGUCGACGUUGACGAAGAUGACGUUGCGUAUGACGAGCACAACUAUGACGAGCAUCUGUCCGCCGGGGGAAAUGAUGAAGGCCACGAGGCUCUGCCAGAUACGGACCUGGAAAUGGACGAAGACGAUGUAGUGUCUGAGUCAGAGCACGGUAAUGAUGAAGCCGAGAAUGAUGAAGGUGAACAAAUGGCGGUCAGGUCGACUGGUGUAUCGAAUGCCGCAGCUGAAGACCAUGGGAUACCCGAGACUGCUAAAGAGGACAGGCGGUCACGAAGGCAUGUUGAAGGGGAUGAGACGAUCCUCUCCAGCCAUCCGGAAGACACAGUGAACCACCAAGAGUUGAAUGGAUUUGUCAAACCCCGCUUGCAGCGGCAGUCCACAAUCCCAGAGUCCGAUAAUAUGGAAGAUACUCAGCCCUCACUCUUUCCACCAGGUGAUGCUGUUGAUUACAGGCCCCUCGACUCGGGGGGCCUUGACAGCGCAUCGCCAAGGGGGACCGAGGGAACCGUACCUUUUCAUACUGCUCAGGAACAGCAAUCGUCAGGACGGGUAAAUGAUAACGACAAUGUUAACAGGGAUUCGCAGAACCAAAACUAUCACACCGCCUUAGACCAUGGAGAUAGCAACGAUAACAAUGCUCUUGGCUCGUCCCGCGAGAAGGAGCUUGCUCAUAAGCCAGAACCUGCCCAGUUCCGCUCACUCAGUGAUAUCGCGAACCAACCAGAGAACCAGAGAAGCGUCGAUGCCUCUAGCAUCGACUACCCUACUUUGUUCGCAGAAGGGACAGGGAACAACGUCAACACCCUCCCUGCAACUGGUUCUUCGCCGCUUAUGCCGUCCGCGAAGAAACGCAAGAUCACCUACAAUGGAAAGACGAACCGUUUCAUCAGCCCAGCGAAAACUCCUGAGCGGAGUCCCUCCCCAACUCCAGUCAGAAAGGUCUCGAACUCCUCGCCCAUCCAGCCCACAUCUUCUAUGCAGCAGCGAGAAGACGCAGGUGCCAUGGCUGCGGAAAAUACUAGGGCGGCAGUUGCGUCCGCAACACUUCCCACUUCGAUAACGAAAGCUUCGACCAAUAAGAUGAAAAAAAGCGCGAAGUCCUACAAGAAGGGUUCUGCGAAGACCGUCGGCAAAGGCACGCUGCCCAAGACUUCAUUGAAGUCUACGACCGCUCAUCGUUCUAGGACUGCGACUGCAGCAGCCCCGGAUCCUGAGCGCCUAGAUACCGGGUUGAUGGACUCCGCUUCUCCUCAAGAUCAAGCAUUACCUGGUCCUUUCGCCCCUGCUGAUGAGUCGGAUGAACUUGCUGGGUCUACACCACAGCCUUCCAGGACUGCUCAGCCCAUUGCUCAUGCUAAUGAUGUCUCUGAUCGCGGGGAAGAGCCUAAUGGACCGUUGCUAGUUCCGAAUAGAGUAUUUGCUCUAUGGCCAGGUCAAGGCUAUUAUCCCGCGACGUGCUUAGGCCGGGCCGGUUCGAACCGCGUUCGCAUUCGCUAUGAUGAAGGCUCCCACAACACUGUGGAAGUCAUCCAGGUUCGGGGAUUGGAACUUCGGAUCGGCGACCAAGUUAAAGUGGAUCAGCCUGGCAUGAAGAAGCAUGUCUAUAUUGUGGUGGGCCUCAAAGAUAAGAUCAGUGUUGAUGACAAUGUGGAAACCGUAUUGACCGACUGUCGCGGCUAUAGGAGUGCUGUCCUCGAAAUGAGGAAUCGUGAGAGUCUCCCUUCAGUUCAACGUGGAGAACAGCCGGCAAUGGUGGUUACUGUACCUGUUGAGAAGAUCUAUCUGACGAACCAACUAUGCGGCAAAUACCGAGACCGGCUGUUCAAUCUGUCACCACCCCGUUCUCCAAGCAUAUCGACUCUAACGGUCGCAACUCCCCGGGCGAUGACUGUCCCGGCUUCCCCCUCCUUGUCUAGGCGUGGAGGUACCGCUCCAUCCCUGCUCAGAGAAAGCCUUCGAGCUGCCUCGGUGGCGUCCAGCUACCAAGGCGUUGGAGGCACGGUCUUUGUUAACAUGGCAUUUGCGGUAACAUUACAGCACGCCGAAGAUGAAUCAGAGAAGCACGCACUUGUCACCCUUAUCACGUCGAAUGGCGGGCAGGUCCUCACCAGCUUCUCUGACCUGUUCAAAGAUUUUGAGGAUGCUGAAGCGGCUUCAUCCCGUCCGAACUCGGCCGGCAAGGGAAAAGAAAUGGCUGCAGAGGCUCGGUUUCCGUCAGGUCUGGAACUUCGGCAAGAGUGCAAAGGUAUGAGCUUCGCCGCUCUCAUCACUGACACGCAUUCUCGUCGCUCCAAGUAUAUCCAAGCGCUCGCACUCAACAUCCCCUGUCUGCAUCACCGCUGGUUGACCGAUUCCAUUGCGGCAUCCAAGCCUCUUCCCUUCGCCAAGUAUCUGCUCCCUGCCGGUGUUUCGACAUUUUUGGAUCCGAACGGCAUCGUGCGUUCACGCAACAUAUCGAUGUACGAUCCAGCAAGUGCUAGGCUUGAGGAAAUCAUUCAGAAACGGGAAAUGUUGCUCCAGGGCCAGUCUGUUUUGCUAAUCACAGGGAAGUCUAAGAAGGACGCCCAGCGCAAGCAACACUAUCUCUUCCUCACGCACGCUCUGGGACCGCGUACUGUCGGCCGCUGUGCUGAUAUCACUGCUGCCAAAGCAAUCAUUCAGGACGGGAAGUGGGAUUGGGUGCACGUUGAUGGUGGGGAACCGGGGCUUGUGGAAGCCACGCAAGUGCUCUUCGGCCAUUCCAAUGCGGUGGCCACUGUUGCAGGUGCUUCGAAGAAUAGGAAGCGAAAGAGGGAUCAUAGCACCGAGCCUGAGGUGCUGUUUGGGGCGGGCGACGUCGCUGGCAAGAAGGUUAGGCUUGUGUGUGAUGAGUUUGUCAUUCAGAGUCUGAUUCUCGGUGCGCCGGUUGAAGAGUGAGAGGCGCAUCGAAUCUGUCUUAUCCAGGCACGAUGAGCGGAAACGGAACUUUCGUUGUCAUGGUGCACCGUUCAGUCAGUAUUGCGUCGUGCGAAGGAGUCUGAGGAUUACCGUGAGUCAAGGAAGGGCGUUUCGAAAGGGGCUAUGCAAAGCUUUUGUCGGGUCUCAGCUCGGGGUCUUUUUCUUCUAAGGGUUAUACCAUUUCGCUGCGGACACAGGCCGGAGUAUGGUGUAUCGUAUGUGGGAUGUAAGAUACUGCGAAAGGUUCCUGAAGCUGUGUGUUUAAUGAUACCAAGACGCAGAUCUUUGCGAUGUUUAGG